CAAGGGUGGGAAGAAAUAUCCCCGGAUGGUAUAGAGUUAUCAGAGAUAUUUGAGCGUACACAGGCCACCAAAGCUGCAAAUACCUCACUAAAUCAAGCAUCCUUUGCUGUGUAUAAAGGUCAAAAUUCGACAUUAAACACUCAGCCUGAAUCAUCUACCUCAUCAAAUGAUCCAUGUACUUCUGGUCCUCCUUCGAAAAAGCCUGCGUGUCUGUGUGGGAGGAAACAUUACUUUUCAGAGUGUUAUUACAUUAAUGAGGCAUUAAGACCAAAUAAUUUUAAUCCUUCAUUAGAAAGGCAACAAAAAGUCGAUGCUUUUCUUAAAUUACCUACAAAUAAUGCUAAAGUUGAUGCAGCAUUUAAAAAGGCAAAUGGUUCUCGACAGAAACAAAAUUCUGAGCCACAUCAAAGCUCAGGUCAAAAUUUACCUAAUAUUCAAGUAGUAGCCGUAGUAUAA